GCCCAGCGCUGUUUCGAGAUGGGUCACGAUGAGCCCGUGUGGAACAUCGAGGUGCACAACCCGCUGCUCAAGGAUGUGUUUCGCACUGGAGAUGAACGUCUCGUCGACUUUAGCCUUUGCACCACUGCUUCGAUCAUUGAAGACUAUCUCCCCACACCCGCUCCCGACAGACACAUCGACUUCUGUCUCUACAUUGACCCUCGAGAGGAGCCAGAUCUUCGUUACGCCAUCAAGACCGAAUCCCUGCGCCAAGAGCUCCCCCGGAAGAGCAUCAACCACACAACCUACGGCGCUCUGCAUUCGUACCCGAUCGCCGUCAGCCUCGAGACUACGAGAUCUGGCGACGACUUCGACGGGGCUGUCUUGCAAAUCGCCAUGUGGCAAGCUGCCCACUGGAAGAUGCUGCGCUCAUUGCUGCAUGGAGUUGCACCCGCGCGACUCGUAGCCAGUCGAGACGACACCCGCUCGGAAGCGCAGUACGUGGACGACGCGCUGGACGAACUGGGGGCCUUACAUGGCAUCAUCAUGCAGGGACAUGAUUGGUAUUACGCCGCAACGUCCCCCGAGAAGACCAACCCAGAUGGCACACCAUCGCUGAGAACUAUCCUCUGGCUCCAUCAACCAAUCGGUCGCACCAACUCCGGCUUGGGUAUCCAUAAAAUAGCUGCCUUUCUCGAGCACAUAAAGGAAUGGACCACAUUGGUUUACUGGCAAUGGUUCAAGAAAUAUAUACUCGACUGAGAUGGCUAAUGGACAAAAUGCUACGAGAGGAGGGAGCGUCAAGUCGCCUUCCAGUGAGAAAGCAAAUGCACUGUGGCUUGACAACCUCUCAUCAAAGCAUACCAAGACCUCAGCCUUGAUCGCGCAGAGGAUCGAGUAUUACUGGCCCUCUUACUGCGUAUCACAGAUCUAUUCUGAUCAGCUCCAGCCUAGGCAGUGGAGGCGUUGGAGGAUGACCCGAAGGCCCGUUCUUUGCCAGACUUCUCAGACGAUGGGUAGAUUCUUCCGUGCGAGUAUCAAUCGAUACUGCUUCUUCGACGUAUCUAGAGGUGAAAAUGCAGCGUAUUUCUUUCUAUGAAAUGGGGGUAAAGACGUGAAGAGGUGAUUUGUGCAGAAUUGGAACACGGCGCACUUACUUCUCUUAUACUGGAUGUUGGAUUGACCAGCUGAGCUAAAGGUACA